CAGAGUGACUCCUCAGCUGUGCACGAUGACAGCCACGAGGUGCACCUGGUCAACUCGCGCAGCUGCUCACGCGAGGACCUCGAGGGAAAUAGAACAAACAGUGACUGCAUGAUGUAGGCCUCCACAGUGUCUGUGUGUGCAUUUGUGUGUGUGUGUGUGUGUGUGUGUUCAUUGACAGCACUAACUGAGUCAUUCAUAAUAAGAGUCUGACUGUGCAAAAAGGCUGAGAAAAAAAUCCACCCCUUGCUUUUAUUUAUUUCCUCUGUUAAAUGCCAUUUAGCUGAGGAAAGUUGUAGGUGAUGCAUCACACACUGACUGGCCUUUAAUGGGAAUAACUUUGAAGUAUGGGCGUUAAAACACAUCAAAUAUUCCUUUUUCUUUUGCCGCAGAUCUCAUCUGUAAAGCGGGCAAACCUUCACGCACAUACACACACACACACACACAUAUAGGCGCGCAUGCACAGAGGACUGCAGUGCACGCAAAUGUAAUUGGCAGAAAAAGGGGAAAAAGACGCUUUGGUGAAGAUGUUUGCGCGUCUUUAUAGCGCGGGUGUGAUGUGGGACAGAGCAGCAGCAGCAGCAGCAGCAGCAGCAGAUGUAAUAUAGCCUACUACACCUAGAAACAGUAUAAAAAGUAGAGCCAUGUAAUAUUGAUGGAGCCAGAGUUGUGCGGGUGCUUUGGGUAAACCAAGUCGAUUGACGCGCGCGUUAAAACCAGCCGCAUGUGAUUUCCAGCUUCAGUCAUUUUGGCAACACGAUGCGAGAGAGAAAGAGAGAGAGAGAGAGAGAGAUGGAGAGAGAGAGAGACACGGAGCUGUGAAACUGGACAAUCUGCCAGAGAUGUCGGAGGAGAGGAAUCCCUGAAACCAACGCUGCCCAGGAAAUAUGGACAAAUCUUGUUUUCUUGUGCGAGUGCUGGCUGUGUGUUUUUUUUCCUCUCUCCUGUCGGUGGUUUUUCUGUGCACAUCGCUACAGAGUAUAGUGGACCAGGAUGCUCGUGUGGGCGAUGAUGCUGCUGCCACAAGGGAUACAUUGUGAUUUUCGCAGAGAUGUUUUAGCAACCGUUGCAUAAAUUAAAAAAAAGCCCGUCACAUGAGGGGAUUGGAGUCCAAAAGGGAUCUAAUAAGACAUCACCACCUGUUACUAGAGAAAAUCAGCACGGCCGGCGAUCAGGGACCGCCAGGAGUAAAGCCUCACUACCCGAUAGUCUCAUUCUGCUCCUCAACGCCUACAGCCGACCACGAGAGGUGACAGCACUGCUCUCCAGCCACCCAGGUCUGACAGCCAUGAUUCGGGGUGGCCCUCUGCUACGGCUCAGAUCGGGGAUCAACUCACCGCUUGAUGGCUAGAUCUCACCGUACAAAGCGCUGGGGGCCUUUCUACUGAGUUUCCCUCACUGCGUAGUAGCACAUGGAUUUCAAGACUUCAAAUGAAGAGACAAAGACUGGGAUUUAUUUGAUGCAAGAAGGUAAUGAGGAGCCGUUUAAUAUUCGACUACACUUGGCCAAAGAUAUUCUGACCAUUCAAGAACAAGAUGUCAUCUGUGUGUCAGGAGAGCCUUUUUACUCGAGUGAGAGGACUGUAACGAUCAGGAGGCAGACUAUUGGAGGGUUCGGCCUGAGCAUCAAGGGUGGAGCUGAGCAUAAAAUCCCUGUUGUGAUAUCAAAAAUAUCAAAAGAGCAAAAAGCCGAACUCUCUGGGCUGCUUUUCAUCGGAGACGGCAUCCUUCAGAUAAAUGGAAUAAACGUUAGAAGUUAUCGCCACGAGGAAGUGGUUCAGGUUUUGAGAAACGCAGGUGAAGAAGUCACUCUUAUGGUCGCUUUCCUAAAAAAGACUCCAGCCUUUCUGAAACUGCCCCUGAGUGAAGACUGCACAUGCAUCCCCAGCGACCAGAGUAGUGGGACCUCCUCUCCUCUGUGCGAUAGCGGCCUGCACUUGAACUACCAUCCUAACAACACGGACACGCUGUCCUGCUCAUCCUGGCCCACGUCCCCGGGGCUCCGCUGGGAGAAGAGAUGGGUGGACCUGCGCCUUAUUCCUCUGCUUCACUCAAAGCUGUCGCAGUACAACCCGGGCUCUGACGUCUGCAGGAAACAUGCAUUCCAGGUCAUAGCGGUGGACGGAGUUUGCAGCGGAGUCAUACAGUUCGCCACCGCUGAAGACUGCUUGGACUGGCUCCAGGCUUUAGCGAGCAACAUUUCCAGUCUCACCAAGCACAAUGUGAAGAAGAUUAACCGAAAUUUUCCAGUAAACCAGCAGAUUAUCUACAUGGGCUGGGUGGACGAGAAGGAGCAGGACUCCGUUCAGGACCGAAUGUAUACACCAAAGUUCCUCGCUUUGAGGGGUUCCUCACUCUUCAAGUUUUCAGCACCUCCUGUGACAACAUGGGACUGGACCAGAGCAGAGAAAAGCUUUACUGUGUACGAGAUAAUGUGCAAGAUUUUAAAGGAUAAUGACCUUCUGGACAAGAGGAAGCACUGCUUCAGCGUCCAGACGGAGAGCGGCGAGGACAUGUUCUUCAGCGUGGAACUGGAGGGCGAGCUGCUGAUCUGGGAAAAGGCUUUUCAGAUGGCCACUUUCCUGGAGGUGGAGAGGAUUCAGUGUAAAACGUAUGCCUGUAUCAUGGAGAGCCACCUUAUGGGACUCACAGUUGACUUCGGCAUGGGAUUUGUAUGCUUUGAUGCAGCUUCAAAGGCGGUCCUGUGGAGAUACAAGUUCUCCCAACUAAAAGGAUCAUCUGAUGAUGGAAAAAGCAAGAUCAAGUUUUUAUUCCAAAAUCAAGACUCCAAAUCUAUUGAAGCAAAGGAGCUGGAGUUCUCAAACCUCUACGCCGUGCUUCAUUGUAUUCACGCUUUUUUUGCUGCCAAAGUCGCUUGCCUGGACCCGAUUUUUGUGGAGAGCCAAGGCACCGCGACCACCACCGGGUAUCCUUCUCUUUCCAGUAUCUCAUGUAAUUCACAGACACCUAAACUCAAAUACGCCACCUGACAGGCGCCGCUUUCGUCAGACACCUUCUAAAAGGACGUGACCGUGGCCUAAAAAACGUGGACAGGAGAACUGAAAAAGCGGUGGAAUAAAAGACCUCUUUGAGAGUUAUAUACUUGAUAUCUUGGUUUCAGAUUUCUGGGAUUUCUGGAACAUUUGUGGACCUAAACAUGAACCUCUACUUUGAGAAACUUCACAAAGAGACGCCACGGACACAAAAUGUGCGAUUCUAAAAUGUUUUUAAGUGAAUUUGUCCUUUUCUUGAUCCUCAGACAUCCGUAUCAUCAACACAUCACAAAGAAAAAUGCAGUUCUUUUCUCAAGGCAGUCUGCUUUUCUUUGUAAUUUUAUUCAAGAUUUGGAGAGUUAAAUCAGAUUUUAGCCUUUUUGUUCCACAUCAGACGGUACGUCACUUUGAGGAUUUGUCUCGACACUGGACAUGAUGACGCUUUCUAUAUUUCCAUUACUUUGUGCGUUCUUGAGGUGAAAACUUUAACCCACAGUAAUACUUGAAUUAGCAGUCAAAUUUAAUUAGAGUCCAACUAAAAGCUGAAUGGCAACAUAAAUCUGAUUCUGAAUUUUGGAUCAACUUAAUUACACAGAAGUCUGCUGGCAUCUUCGGUUGGAUGAAAUGAAUGCUUUAGAUGUAUUUGUGUAUGAAUAUACUGAGUAACCUCAUUUAUUUUUCUCUGUGUACGACGUAUACCCACAGGUUGAGGUCAGGAUAGGACUAUUUCCUGGAUUACUGGAUAGAAAGGCUGUAUGAAGGUGUAGUUUUUAUUGUGCGGGUGAAAGAAUGACUAUAAUCUAACAAUACAACUCUAAACAUGAUUAGAAAACUCCUUCCAUGAUGUUUAUAGCAUUUUCUCCCCCCAAAACUUAAUUAUGUAAAUAAAUGCUGACAUUCAAAUGAACUCGUAUGAAUUAUGGCGAUUACUUGAGGGAUUACUUGUAGGGAUUAUGGCAUUUGUUAAUUUGAUGUGCACCAGAGACAAGCAGGUAGAUACCUCAUAACCUCUCUUCAUCAUCUACUCUAUGGACCAAUUCAGAAGAAUAAAAUCAGAUAUGGUGUA